AUGAGCUCAAAGUUUUCAUUAUAUGAAAGUAAUCCUGAUGUAGAGAAGUACGUUGUCGAUGGCCUGAUCUCUAUUAAUCAAUUUGUUGAGAACAUUAGUAAAGACCACUACUUGAAAGGAGCGGAGAUUAAUAGCAAAGCAUAUCUUGACCCCAAGCCUUAUAUUCGUUCAUUUGAAAGUACACUAAGAGAGCUAAAUCAGUUGAAUAUCGAAGCCAAGAUCCAAGAAUCCAAGGGAGAAGAACAGGUGGAUACAUUUGAGUUGAAGCAUUCAGAAAAUGUCCUUGGUCUUAGUCAACAAAUUGCUGACACAACUAGCAAAUUCAAUUAUCUAGAUAAUCAGAUUUCAGAGGUGUCUAGUAAAAUCAGCCCCUUGGGUAUGACAUUGAGUAAGAUAUCGACAUCGCGGGACAAAUCUCAAGAAACUAUUUUCUUAAUCAGAGCAUAUCAUGGAUUUUAUACAAAGGGCAACUAUGCACCCUUGGAAACAAUGCGCUCGAGCAGCAAGGUUGAGGAUAAUGUGAAAUGUGCGAAAUCAAUAAGACACUUGAUGAAAUUAGCAAGCCGUAUUAGUGAUGAGUCGCUUCCGUCAACUUUGAAAUGUCUUGAGACAAUUAAGGAGUAUGGACAAGCUAUGGAGGAUGAAUUGCUACACCUUUUUGAAACACUCUUGGAAGGAGAUGAGCAUUCUGAUGGUAAUGUCGAUAUUCAAAAGAUGAACAAAAUAGCGACUAUUUUAUUUGCAUAUAACGACGGAACAAACUUGGUUGAAACAUUUGUGAGAAAAAGUGCAAUCAGCAAUGAAGAAGAGGAUGAUGAUGAUUACGAUGAUGAGGAUGAGGAGGAGGAGGAGGAGGAGGAGGAUGAUGGUUAUGGCGAUUAUGAUGAGGCGACAGCGGAGGAAGGAAAGAUGAGGAAAAAGUACAAGGGUACCUAUACUCGGAAUCAUCCAAAAUCAAUCGAUGUUCAUGGCGAUGCCUUAGAGUCCAAUCCAAAAUUACAAAACUUUAUAACGAAUACAAAGUUUGAAAUAAAAUCGAAAGCAAGGAUCAGCAAGAAAGUAUUCAAUGAUCCUGAUAUGGUCUUGACAAAGUUGAUUCAAAGAAUAUUUGAUGGUGCUAUCAAACAAAAAGUCACGACAUUGUUGGCUCUUUCUGUAAAGAAAAGUACGUUGGACCAUCUUAAGCUCUUGAGUUCCUUGAAGAAGUUGAUGUUUGAUUUCACUCAUGAAAUAAAAGAUUAUUUAAUAACUGAGGAUUUCAAUAAGGACGGGACCCUUCUUUUGGUAUUGGACCAAUUGUAUACCUCAUUGUUCCAGGAAUACGUGCGAGACGAUGUUUACCUCGUACAAGAAAAGAGAAGCAUAGAAGAAGCUGUAGGCUGUGCUCUCAAAAAAUUGGAUCCUGAAACGUUUUCAGACCAAAUCACAAAGAAUGAUGCUAGUGGAUACGAGUUGAAGUCAGCGGAGAAUGAGCACAUUUCCUUUGUAAACGAAAGAAAGAAAAUGGCCCAAUUUAAGCAAUACGUAAAGACCAAAUUAAAUGAAAGAAUGCAAAAUGACCGGGGAAUUUCCAAAUUAGAGCUUGAAGAGGACGAGCUUGCAGCGAUUGAAACAAUUGAGACAUUAAUCAAGACCGUUGCAGAAUCCAUAGGGCGAGUCUUGGAAAUAUCUCCUAAUAAAGCUCCUGAGCAUUCAAUAACUGCAUUAAGUAUAUUGAUUUCUAAUUUUGAUAAGCUUUCUGUUCGCGAGGAGGUUCAAUUACAAAGUCUGGACUUUUUCUUGAACCUUUAUUCAAUUCAGUUUAAAAAGGAAGUCCUUUUUUGUUUAUCUACGUGUGCCAAAAAGAUCAUCUUUCCAUGUUUGGCAAGCGUUCCUGUUGCCAAAAACAAGGCAAAAACUUUAAUCAAUGAUUUUGUAAAGAGAAACGAAAUAGGCAUAAAUGAAUUACUAAUGAAGACGAUUGAAUAUAGCUUAACGCAAACCCAAAACUUGCUUAAUAAACAGAAAAAGAAGGACUUUUUAUGUGAUAAGAUUGAAGAGGAUACCGAGGCUUGUGAAGCAGUAAGCGCAUUUUUGGAAGAAAUGUAUGCCAAUAUCAGCAUGGCCCUUAGUGGUGCUAAUUUGGAAACAUUUUUGAUCACUUUUGGCACAAAGUUUUUGAACCAGUUGCUUGAGCACUAUAUGAAGUUUUCUGUCAACUCUAUAGGUGGGAUUGUAUUAACAAAAGAUGUGCUACAAUACCAAAGCCGGAUUGAUGAGUGGAACAUUCCUAUUUUAUCUGAAAAAUUUCAAAUCUUGAAAGAAAUCGGAAACUUGUUCACAGUACAAUCCGACUUGGUAAACUCCUUGGUGACAGAGGGUCAAUUGUCACAAAUGAGACCUUAUACUGUCAGACAGUAUAUUAGUAAGAGGGCUGAUUUCAAUCCAAGUUAUGCUGAUAGGUUUUUCAAAUUUCGAUAA